AUGCAAUCGGUUGCGUCAUGUGUGGAUGAUUUCAAUAUCAGCGAGUGGCCUGAUUUCGUCCUCCUGCAAGUUUUCGCCUUCUUACCCUUGAAAUCACUGUCGGCAUGUGGACUGACCUGCACGAAUUGGCAUCGCGUUGCUGCAGACCCGACGCUGUGGCCGUUGCGAAUGGAAUUCGACCGAUUUACAAACAUGAACGACGUCGAUGCCUUAUUGAAAGUGGGAGGAGGGAAUUUAGAAUUCAUUUCCUUGCGUUUGGUGAUGGACAUCAAUGGGAUGUUCGAAAUGAUAGCUUCUGGAUGUCCAAAUCUUCAUGCUCUGGAAUUGGAUCAUUGUCCGAGCCCGAGUGAGAUGAAUCUAAGCGCUUUGAGUCGAAUCUCGGGUGGUUGCAAAAACCUGCGUUGUUUUGCCUUGCGGAACAUGACGCUCGAUGAAGAAUCCAUGUCAGCAUUUACUGUUGUUGCAAAGGAGUUCGAGUUCCUGAGUCACGUAGUUCUCUUCAAAUGCUUUGGAAUAUCGCCUUCGGCUAUUAUCCGUCUCGUGUCGGAUUUGGAUCAUCUGACUCACUUGGACAUUGAACAUUUGGAACUCGACGUGAGGUCUUUGGAAACGGUAGCGAGUCGAAUUGGACGCACUAUCAAAGCGUUUUACUUUUCUGUACCGGUGGCCAGUGAUUUACACGUGUUGCGUUGGCUCGAAAAUCUUGAAGCUCUCGGGAUCCAUGUGUUCGCAGGCGAUUCUCAUACCGAAGACGAUUUCGGAAUUCACAUUCAGAGGUUUAGAAGUUUAAGGGUGCUGCGUUUUACAAAUUUGUUUGCACCCGUUCAAGUUCGAGACCUGCUGACUGCCCAAUUAUUUCCAAAGCUGGAACAUUUAAGCAUGUUCAACUGCGCCCCUUUGUCGCAGCCACACCUAUCGGGAAUCGUAAGAUGUCAUAAAAAUCUGAGACACUUGUGUCUAGAUUUCCGUUUAUCGGAUUCCGUUGUGGAAGUUUUGGCUGACGUUUGCAAGCAACUCACAUUUUUAUACUUCAAAUUUUCUGCCAGUGCAUCUUGUAGAUCAUUGCAAUUACUGGAUGCCAAAAACUUGCCAAAGCUGGGCUAUUUAUACGUGGAUGAUUCUAAGAAUAUCCCGACGGAAUUUUUAUCCCAAUUGGUCGAACAACGACCUGACGUUCGCAUAAUUUGCUACGGUCGUACGUUCUUUCAUUACCCCAAGGACCAGCCAAUUCUAAAACGCAUGAUGAACGAGAUCUUGCUUUUCAAUCCCUAUCUCGACUUGAUAUCUGUGAAGUGACUCGUUUUCUCCGGUGCUUCGAGGAAAUCAACUGCUUUGAUAUUCACGAAACGAAAACUGCGAGAAUGCGGUUACCUUAGUCAUCAUAUUUUGGACGCCAUGUAUUGGAAACUAAUUACUUAUGUUCCGUGAUAGUUAUUCAUUUAAUUGGGAAGAUGUCGCGCAUUAU